AUGGCGUCACUCGGAAGUGAUGUCAUUACGCCGCGGCCUCCCCAGGCCCAGCUGGCCCACGGGGAUCUCCGGCCGUGCUGUGCGCCGGCCUUCUGGGCCCAGCUGGCUGGCAGUGACCGAGGGGCUGUGCACCGGCCUCCCCAUUCCCAGCUGGCUGGUGCUGAUCCCUGGGUCGGGCGCGCUGCGAUUCCAGCCGGCGUGCAGCCCGGCCCGGAGAUCACCACCGUCUGGGCGGGGAGACUGGUCUCCCCGCCCAGCCAGCAGCGAUCCCCAGGCCAGGCUGCGCACCACCCUCCCGUCCAGCCAGCGGUGAUCUCCGGGCCGACCCUAACGGUAUCUUUUGUCUUUCUCUGUGCAGGGCUGCUGGUGCGGAGUGCGGAUUUUAACCAGCCAGCGGACAACUAUACAGUUUGCCAGGGGGACAACGCGACGUUAAGCUGCUACAUAGACCAACAAGUGACCCGCGUGGCCUGGUUGAACCGCUCCAACAUCCUGUAUGCCGGCAAUGACAAGUGGUCCAUCGACUCGCGGGUGCAGCUGCUGACCAACAGCGCCUCCGAAUUCAGCAUCGUCAUUACCAACGUCGACAUCUACGACGAGGGCCUCUACACCUGCUCCUUCCAGACGCAGGAUAAGCCCCACACCUCUCAAGUGUAUCUCAUCGUUCACGUCCCAGCUCGGAUCGUGAACAUUUCGUCUGCCGUGACCAUCAACGAGGGAAGCAAUGUGAACUUACUCUGCCUAGCCCAGGGGAAGCCGGAGCCGACAGUAACCUGGCGGCAGCUGAAAGAUGGAUUCACCAGCGAAGGGGAAUAUCUGGAGAUCACGGAGAUCAAUCGACAGCAGGCCGGAGAGUACGAAUGCAUCACGGCGAAUGGUGUCUCGCUACCGGACAGGAAACGGGUUCUUAUCACUGUCAAUUACCCUCCGACCAUCACGGAAGUAAAAGAUUCUCCUUCUAUGCUGGGAAAGCCAGCUCUGUUGCGCUGCGAAGCCAUGGCAGUGCCGCCUGCUGAGUUUCAGUGGUUCAAAGAUGACAAACACAGAGUCAUCGGUGGCGUGGAAGGACUGCAGAUCCAGAACGAGCGGACUCGCUCCAUGCUGCUCUUCACCAACGUUACCGCUCGCCAUUACGGCAACUACACUUGCCUGGCUUCCAACAGUUUGGGGUCGUUCAACGUCAGCUUACGGCUUCUCAGACCCGGUUCUCUGGAAAACAUGGCUGCUGCCGACCAGACAUCACCCCUCUUCUUGGGCCUGCUGUCCUGUGCAUUUGUGACUCUGUUGUUUAAAAUUUAGGGCCGGCCAGGGAAAUGAAGCAGAAUCAAGGAAAGGAAACUAGUGAAAGGAAAAGGAUUCGAAA